UCAACCUUUCUACCGUCUCCUUGGUCACCCCCGUCAAGGAGUACACCCCAGACAUCUAGGCUCUACACGAGUUUCAGCAUCUGACUAAUUGAGGCGAUGCGCCAAUCAUCCGAACUUCUUCAGGGACGAAGCCAAUAACCAAGAGCUGUUGUCCCAGGGAUUCACAAUGCAUCCAAGCAUUGUCCUGCCAUCCGGCUUCGCAAAGAACCUGCGCUGCUCCUGAACUGACCCUAAAUAAGCAUGUUUUAUGAGUCUGAUAUCAACAAGCAAAUCUUACUAGUAGACUUGGAACCAUUGUUUAUCUCAUUCGGAAACAAUCGCCAUUAUCCUUGCAGCCCUCAGGCGACACUUACACGCAGCACCGAGCCCUACGGUAUGGCCGCGGGCCCCGUUUGGCCAACGGCCGCGGUUGAGCAAUACCGGCAACACCGAAGCUUACAGCAGCAUCACCACGUGGCGAUUACCUCCACGGUGUCGGUGGCCCUCACCGUUUGUCGCACACGAAGAACAUGUGUUAGAAUUCAACCUACGACAUCCAUCUACACGAUCCGACGAGUUUCGUGCGCCUGGAGUGUUCAAUCAUCUAGCCCUAGAGCCAAGCAUCACCAGCUAAUAUGGUUAUUUCAUGCGCACAGUCAGGAUCACCCGUCACCAAAACCAGGCUGCUUCGAGCCGUGCAGCUUUAGGCGGGGCUCAUCCGGCCGAAAGAGCCGUGGCGGUAGAUCUGUGACCCAGGGGUUCGAAGUGAUUGAGGUGCGCGCGCUUACCCCCUGACUCCCUCCCUCCCUUGGCUCCUCUGCGGUAGCAGGAACCAUGUCGCAGCACCUAGGAC